GCGGCUUCCCGACCCUGGCAAUGCAACCGGUUCGCAGGAUUCCCAUCUCUACCUAGUCACCAGUGACCAAGGCUACUAACAGGAUUAUCUUACGGCAUUCUUUGCUGAACUAAGUACGGUGUACCUUACUAAACUUACCUAGUGGACUUCUCUACUGAAUACCAGUCCCUUUGAUCAGUCCCUCCUUCGUUCCUAUCUACAUUGACCUUCAUUUCGUACGGUGCUACAUCCUCACUGGACAACUAAGAACCAUGGACAUCACUGCCCAGACGUUCUUUUACCACCUGCCCAGGGUCCUGGACGACCUGUCAUCUUGUUGUUUCGUAUCUAUAGACUUUGAAUUCUCUGGAAUUGCAAAGACCCCCGGUGUAUCUUCCAAGAGCAAAAGUACCUUGCAGGAGCGUUACGAGGAAGUCAAGAAGUCGGCCGAUCAAUAUCAAAUUCUACAAGUCGGCUUGACCAUUUGCCAUGAGGACCCGGAGACAGCGACCUACACGCUGAAACCAUAUAACCUAUACUUAAAUCCGAUCAUUGACCGCAAGCUGGAGUUAGAAAGAACCUGGUCCUUUCAAAGUGGUGCCGUUGAGUUCCUCCUGGAAAACAAUUUUAACAUGGAAAGCCUGUACAAGAAUGGCGUCACCUACGUCUCAAGGGAUGAGGAAAAACGAGCAAUGGCCAGAGUCAUCGAGAGAAAUGACCGCACCAAAGUGCGCAGCUCGCUGGACGUCACAGACACCGAGUAUGAGUCGCUCGCAUUCCUGAAGGAAGUGCGUCGUCUUGUUGAUGACUGGCUUGCGCUUGGUAAAUCUCGAGAAGAUUACCUGAAUAUCCCGCCACCUAAGGGUCCCAAUGCGCCCAAACGACCGAAGUCCAUACCGCCGGAGAUAAAUAGGUUCCAAAAGAGACUGAUUCAUCAGCUUAUAGAAGUGGAAUACCCGAAUUUGGUCACAGUCAGUAGACCUACAUUCAUACAAAUCAUCGACUACGACGAGGAAAGGGAGAAGGCCGUUCGAGAUCAGAGAGUGAAUUGGGUUCAGGAACGAAUCUGGAAACAGACCGGGUUCAGAUGGGUCGCGGAGGCCCUAACUGGAGGCGAUCUCACGAAUCUCGAGCCUUUUUGCUUCAUUAAUCUCCUGUCAGGCUCGCAAAAUCCUCAGAGUUCACUCCAGGACUUCUCAGAUGGGGUGAAGCAGCGGUUGCGGGAUAACAGACCUGUCCUGGUUGGACACAAUCUUUUCACGGAUCUGAUUUACUUCUACCGCUGCUUCUUUGGACCCCUCCCAGACCGUGUAGAGGACUUCCAAUCCAUAACUCAGAAGUUGUUUCCGGUCCUCAUGGACACAAAAUAUAUGGCUACACAUGAUUGUGGCUCCAUCAAUCCGAAGUCAUCCUUGCAAGAGAUCAAUGAUGGUCUCGCCGAGAUCCCCACGCCAACUAUAAGAGUGCACCCCCAGCAUUCCAAGUAUAAUACGCAAGCUAUUGAUCACGAAGCCGGAUAUGAUAGUCUUCUCACGGCGCAAGUAUUUAUAAAACUUUCUGCACAGCUGCGAAAUAGGGGAACUUCGGGGAUUCCGCCUGGGAUUCCGGGGCCGUCACCGUCAAGUGAAGAAUCGAAGAAACCCACGAAGCAGGUCAUAGGCGACUUUGAGGCUACGGUCUUCCUGCCCGGGCGCCCCAGGUCAAGCAACGUUCGUAUAAUGUUUGGCUCGAUCGAAGUCGAGAAAGUCGACGACGAUGCUGAUGCCAGCAAUGUGGCCGAUGACUUGAGCAAACUGUCGUUGGGGCCCCGCAACUCUGUUGAGAUACAACAGAAGGUUGACAAGGGUCACUUAAUCCCCCGAUUAGGCGCGUCAUUUUGGGAUGUUUACGGGAACAAACUCCGUGUCUUCGGGCCCACGAUCUCCGAUCCCAGAGUGUGCAGAAGCUGUCAAGAGACGCUCGUCCGCCGCAGUUAUGCCUCAGCCGCUACGCAGGCCUCGCCAGAACCUCCCUCCACCGCCGCCUCGACCUUCCCCGUUGUGAAGCCCACCCAUACCAUCAAGGCCGGCGUGGUCCUCUCCCGUCCCCCUCAAAUCACCCGCGAUCUCACCGACUUCGAAAAGGCAUACUAUUUCUACCAGAAGCGAUUGAAUGAGCGUCUCACCCUUCCUUUCACCAAAUACUUCUACUUCAAGCGUGGAACACCUGCCGACGAAGACUGGAAGCGCAAGAUCCGGGAGCGCCAGACGCCCGCGCGUGAUAUCGGCAAGUACAAUCCGUACUCCAAGGAAGCCUGGAACGAUGAACUCCUGGUUGGAGCCGUCGAGUCGGACCCUGCGCACCAGGUGGAAAUGCUUGUGCAGGAUGCCGAGUCUACGGUCAAUGCCACUUCCCAGGACACCAGCAAGAUGGAAGAAAUCCCGAGACCGUUUCCCCGGGUGACGGAAGCGGACCAGAAGAACGACCAGAAGAGCCUGAACCGGGCGCUGCAGAGGACCCUUUAUCUCCUUGUGCAGUCCAAGGAGGGAUACUGGAAGUUUCCCAGCUCUCCCGUGGAGGGAGAGGAGACUAUUCGACAGGCUGCCGAACGUACUCUUGAACAAGCCGCGGGCGUCAACAUGAACACCUGGAUGGUGGGCUACCACCCGGUGGGUCACUACGUCUACAAUGUCCGCAACCAGAGCAAGCUGGCAAACGGAGAGGGACCUGCGGGCGAGAAGGUCUUCUUCUUGAAGUCGCGCAUCAUGGCCGGCCAGGCCGACCUGACCAGCAACACUCAGAACCUGACCGACUUCAAGUGGCUGGCUAAGGAGGAGAUUGCGAAGUUCGUUCGGCCCCACUACUACGCCAGCAUCAAGAACAUGUUGGCUGAGCGGUAAAUCCGGAGACACGUGGGAGGGAUGGAGUGUAUGGAUCGUUGCGCGGACAUGUUUUAUGUUUUGGGGAUGCCCUUCGUGCAGCAGGUCUGAGUCUUGCAUAUAUCAUAGUAGGUCAUGUAUAACUAGCUUUCCGUUUUCGCUUUUACUUGCAAUGAAGACUUUCUUGUCAU